AUGCCGCUCUUAGGCGGAAACAACAAAAACAAGGGCAAAGAAAUUAAAGCCGAUGACGUCAAUAACACUUUGAACAAACUUAAAGAUACCGUCAAAGACUGUAAGGAGCUUCAUAGGAAAUGGGAAAAGGGCAAGCACUUUGAGAAAGACAACUCUGAUUAUUUAGGCCAGGCCAAUAAAUUACUUUGUGUCGUGGAUGAAUAUAGACAGCAACUAGAUCUGCCUUGGCCGAAAACGAAAUCGACAGAGAUAGAGGAGUUGAAGACACGUGUUAACAAAUUAGCACGUGAAAGAGAUGAUGCAGAACAUCGCCUUGAUGAAGCUAAAUUAGAAAUCGACAGACUAAAGAAUCGUCCUAGAGAAAAGCGUUUUUCGGGUAGAAAAACUAGACAGACGGAACUGGAAAAAAUGCCAAAAUCUGAACAUGAAUUAGAAGAUGAGGAAGAAUCAGAUAACUCAUUAAGAGCAAGAAGAGGAAGUAUUGACUCACGAGGUCCCUCUUGCACUACUUUCUAUUGUCAUGAUAGUGCUAGCUCUCAGGUUGGUGAAAGGAAAGAAGUUAGAAACUAUGCAUCGCUUCAAAAGGAUAUAGAAGAGUUAAAGAAGAGUAUCAGAGCACUUCAGGAAGACAAUAAGUUAUUGUCAGAUGGACGAACUUAUCAUACGAAGACUUUAAAUGCUGCAAGAGAUGAAGCCGCGAGGUACAAGAAACAGAUGGAAACUACUGAUGCCACAGUGAACAGGAAUCGACAAGAGAUCGAAAGGUUGAAAAGUCAAUAUGAAGAUCUGCAGGAAUCUAUGAAAAAAGAGCUGGAUCCUAGGCUCAGUGCAGUAGCAGAUAACAAACAUUCGGACAAUAAUCCGGCCAUAGCCUGCCUUGGUGACCCUAAUCGACCAAUGAAGAUAUGCGAGAAAGUAUCCGAGCUGUAUGAUAUUGAGUGGACAAAUGCCAUGGAGAACCUGGAGAAUGAUAUGGAGGAAAAAGACGCCAUUGAAGUUCUCCUAGAUAUUGUCACAAGGGUGUUUAUAACUUUUGAGGAUAUUGGUGAUGCUCAGACAGACCUUAUUUAUUCACUGGGACUGCACCUUGCCGUACCAGACAUCGAUGACCUUCGGGAUACCGCAAGGUCGUCUCUUCUGGACAAUGGGAAGUUGUUUAAAUUACCGAUGCAAAUCACCGAACAACUGAAGAAUUAUCGCAAGGCAAGCUGUCAGAUUGUAAACCCACUUCUGUGUGAGGUUAUGAAAUCAAGACUACAGACAGUAUAUCACAUGACAGGAAAAACGAUCAAGGCAUGUGAGCAGUUCAUCAAAGAGACAGUGAUGUACGUUUGGAUGAUGCGGGUACAGGACCCACCCAUCCAUAUCGAGUGGGAAUUUUCACACGGUGAGAAAUUUGACCAUGAUCGUCUGAGAUCCUACACAAAAAGUGGAGACAGCGUCGACUAUGUUGUCUGGCCUAUUCUCUACCUACACAAAGGUGGGCCCAUGUUAUCUAAAGGAGUGGCACAGGGCAUGGCAACUAAAUCUAAAUAAAUUACAUACAUUUGUAAAAGAAUAAUUUAAACACUGCUAUUGCAUCCUCUUGCUUUUCGAAAGUCAUAACGAGUUUUGUUGUAGCAAACGAGAGAAAAAAUUGAUUUUUUUUUAAAAUCCAAUCACAAGCGAGGCAAAGCAUAUUAGAUGGUCAAUGUUUAGGUCGCAAAAUAAAGAAUAACUUGAUUAAAAUACAAACAUUUGGCGCAGUUCCAAAGUUCAAAUGCCAAUAUAAUUCCGCUGAGAUCAUACAGUUUUCAAAAAGGUUGACAGAUAUUGCUGACCCGAAGACUUAAACGCAAAACGUGAAAGAAUAUCGGCUUCGCCAUGAGCAACAAUGGAUUAAUAUGUUGAUUACAAAAACAAAACAAAAAACAAAAAAACAAAAACCCACAAAACUGUGUGAUGGAUUGAUCUAUACAAUGGCAUGGUUGUUUUGAUUACGUAAAGUUUGAAGCAAAAAAAUGGAAGGAUUGCUUGUAAAGUAGAAGGGUUUGUUUCCUCGUGAAAGGCUACGAAAAUUGGAUACAUAGAUAUGCUUGUUUAUUUUCUAAAAGUUUUUGGAACAAAGGGUUUCAACUUUAUAACAAGGGCCCAAUGGGCCCAAAUCGCUCACCUGCAAUGCAGUGAUCUUUUCAUACAUGGAUUCUGCAGUUAUUUGAAAGCAUGCUACAGGACCAA